CCUAAGUAUUAAGAACAAAAACCUAAAAAUAAAACAAAUAGUUUAAAACUAGCUUAAUACAAACAGACAGACACCCUCCUUAGACCUGGUGCAAACGUAUCGCAAACCGUACUUAAAGCCAACAGCAAGCUAAACCGAAAAUCAAACCAAACCAAACUAAAAACCAACACCAAMAAUGGCCGACAAGAAGAUUGGUGAAUACUAUGCACCACCGCCAAAGAUGGGCAAAUGGGAGGGUUUCAGAAAAUUCAUAUGGAACAGUGAAACUAGCCAAUGCCUCGGACGCACCGGUUCCAGUUGGGCAAAAAUUUUACUUUUCUACAUUAUAUUCUAUGCGGCGUUAACCGGAUUCUUUGCUGCCGUAUUUGCGGUGUUCUAUCAAACAUUGGAGGCAGAUAAACCUAAAUGGAUGCUUGACAAUGGAUUGAUUGGAUCGAAUCCAGGUCUUGGCUUCCGACCAAUGCCCCCAGAGGCGAAUGUUGAGAGCACUUUAGUUUGGUACGAAUCAUCGAAGAAAGAAAAUUAUAUGUAUUGGGUUGAGGAAACUGAACGAUUCCUGAGAUAUCACACUUAUGAUGAUCUACCCAAGAAGAAUCAAGUGAACUGCUCGUUUGAGCAUCCGCCACCAGAGGGCAAAGUCUGUGGCGUUGAAGUUUCUAGCUUUGCGCCCUGCACUCUUGAUAAUAACUUUGGUUAUCACGUGGCCAGGCCCUGCAUAUUCCUCAAGUUGAAUAAGAUUUACAACUGGGAGCCACAAAUUUACGAUUUAGCAAAUUUGCCCAAAGACAUGCCCGAGGGCUUGAAGCAACACAUCAAGGAGAAGCAGAGCCUGCGACCAAAUGAGACUGCCGUUGUUUGGGUAUCGUGCGAGGGCGAGAAUCCUGCUGAUGUUGAAAACAUUAAGUCACGCGAUUAUUAUCCGCGCAUGGGUUUCCCCUCAUUCUAUUUCCCAUUCAAAAAUAUCGAGGGUUAUAUACCGCCAAUUGUUGCUGUUCAGUUUACCGUUGAAACCGGCGUAUUGAUCAACAUUGAGUGCAAAGCCUGGGCUCGCAACAUCAAACAUGAUCGCUCGGAUAGGAGAGGAUCCGUCCACUUUGAGUUAAUGGUCGACUAAGAUACCCAACAUGGAGCAAAGCAUGAUCAGUGAAUGAGCG